AUGACCAAAGCGUACAUCACGUUGUUGACCGACGAGUCUUACCUUGCCGGAGCCUUGACGUUGGCUGCCGCAUUGAGGCACCAUGGCACCAUCCACAAACUUGUUAUCUUGUUGACCCACGAAGCCCUUUCCUCGGACUCCAUCGACCUUGUCCACGAGGCGUACGACGAAAUUGUGCCAAUAGACGAAUCGCUCAUCCAGGCACCAUUGGAGGGCGUUCUAUCCAAGUUGGGACGUGCCGAGUUGUCGGUAACCUACUCCAAGUUCUUGCUCUGGAACCAGACCCAGUACGACCAGUUGAUCUACCUCGACAGCGACACCCUCCCGUUGACCAACCUUGACGAGCUCUUCGUUGAGUACAGUGGGGCCUCUGCAAACCAGAUCGUGGCCAGUCCCGAUUCUGGCUGGCCCGAUAUCUUCAAUUCGGGAGUUUUGGUACUCAAACCGAGCACCACUGUUUUCGAGGAUUUGUUGGCUUCCGCCACCACUACCGAGUCGUUCGAUGGUGCUGACCAAGGAUUGUUGAACGAAUUUUUUAACGUGGCUUCUGCCGGCAAAAACUGGAUCAGAUUGCCAUUUCUUUACAACGUGACCCCUAACUUAGGCCAACACUACCAGUACCUCCCAGCAUUCACCCGAUUCUUCAAGGAUAUCAAGCUCCUUCACUUUUUUGGCAAAGUGAAGCCAUGGCACCUGCGAGACAUCGUGUCUUCCGACACCGCCAACUUCCACCACUUGUGGUGGGCCCUGUUCAACAAGCAUUUUUCGGACCCCAAGGUAAGAGCAAGGUUAUUGCAAAGGGCACCUGGCGAAGGCUACAAAUUGAGAUUCGAAAAGUAUACCAAUACAUGGGACGAGCCUGUCCCUGGUCCUCAGGAACUGGCAGCCUUACCCCAAUUGGAAGAGCAAGAAGACGAGAUUCCGUCUGUAUUCCCAUGGGAACAGAGAGAGCAUGUCGCUCCAACCAGAGUAUUCAAUUCCUUCAAGUCUUCUGGUCCAGCUGAAACUCAAAGAGUACACAGCAAAGCUGACUCCGAUUUACGCAAGAAUAUCGAGUCCCUUUCUCUGGUAAAGAUCGGCUCAAAGAAGCCAUCUUCCCUCCUGAAAAACUACCAUUUCAGCGAGGAAGGAAGCUUUAAUCCGGACCAAGCGUUUGAAGAAGUAUCCAAAAUUCCUCUUCAAUUCUUAUCUAAGCAGAACAAGAAGAAUUCCAAAUAG